UAAAUGAGGAGAAAGAGUUCCACUUCUCUUAUCAAACACUAGUUGUAGUUUCAGUUUCAAUCUUCUGUUUAGACAAAUGUGGUUUUUGGCCCAGGUAAAGAAAGUUACUCGUUUUUUUUUUUACAUUGAUCACAAGUUAUUAUUGAGGAUUUAUUCAUACAUAAAAACCCUAACAUUGAAAACCAUAAAUUGAAGAUUUUAUUAUGAUUUUAAAUUAAAUAUGUUGAGAGAGACAGAGAUUUUUAACUGGAUGCUUCCUAAGAAAAUAGUGAUGCUGAAAAUGAGAGACUGAUUUCGUGACAAAAAAAAAAGAAAAGAAAAUGAGAGACUGAUUCAAUCAACGGUGUAGAAUCGAUGAGGAGAUGAGUGAUGGCAACUCUAAGCUGAAAAGAGUAGGGCAAUGAAUGAGCGCAGACACGUGUCUAUACGUGAAUGGUAGGUUUGAUAAAUCCACCUGAAUUUUAUUAAUUUUAUUAUUUUUACUUUUCUAAUGGAGUUCAGGGAAUCAUGUGACCUAACCUUAACUAGGUGAAGCCUCGUACGAUUAUCUCAACUUACCGAACUACCCUUCUGUUUGGUGAAAAAUGUCAAGUAAAACACAACUCUUUUUGUGAUUCAUCAAUGUUGGUGACGAUAUCUAAAUUCUUACUGCUAGAUUUGUUUUCUUUUACCCAAUUUAAAACGUAUUUUGUAACUGAAGUUAAACUACUUCUAUAAAUAAAUUGAUAACUUUAGUUUGGUAUGAGAGUAUCAGAGAUUCAGUCAAGAAACAAAAAAACAACUGAAGAAAACAUAAAUGGAUAAAAUAAACAGAGUUUUGAAUAUGAGUUAUAGUUGAUUUUGGUUUUCUUAGGGUUCGUCCGAUGUAAGAGAUCUUGUCUGACCAAAACUCUUAGUGCUUUUUGUUUGCAAACGUAAUUGCUUUAUCUUGACUGGUAAGUAGGUGAUGGACACAAAGGUAUGAUUCAAUUAGAAAAACUAAACAUGUCAUUAAUAUUCUGUUUGGUCAUAUAAGCUUAUUUUCUCUGAUUUUGAAAGUUGAAUCUCUAGAGCAUUUCAAGCAAAUGUGUAGGUGCUCUAUAUUUUGAUUUGCUUUAAUUAAACUAUGUAAAUAAUGGUUAACUUACAAUAAAAAUAGUUAGAAAGCGUAUCUAGAAGCCAAGUACGUAUUCACGAUCUUAUCAGAUCUGGUCAUACAUUUUAAUGAGAGAUGACGACAAUUGAUAAACAUAUUGUACACAUUAACCGCAAGAGAAAUUAAAGUACAUUCAACUAUUCAUUUACAAUUUAUGUCACACCAGUGAUCUAGCUUCUAUUUUUCCUUCAAUUGUUGUACUAUUUCCUUCGAUUUUUCUAAAACUUCAAUAAUUCCUCACGUAUAUUAUAUGUGGUGGAUGUACGUGGUAUGAGAGCAAAUAAUAGUACUAUUUUUAGUUUUUAACAUUUCAAGAAAAUAAAGACAUUCUUGAGGUCUCUAUAAGGAAUUUUAUCCAAAGGAAAACAAACAUACCUGCAAGUCAUAUACUAAUAUGUUAAUGAUAAGAUGUGAGAUCUUGUAAGUUAUAUCAUUCGUAACGCUAGAUAAAUUUAGACGUCUAAAGCAUAGAAAAGGUUAAUGUGAAACAGUGAAAGAGAGAAAGAAAGUAGCACUUGGGAAUAGUUUUUGCCUUUGGGAUCUUAUGCCCUGGACCUGGAGCACACACAGAACCCACCAAGUAUAUAGAUAGAUAUCAAUCAAUGAAAACCAACGGUUAUAAUGAGUUUUCAAAAUCAGAAAUGCUAUAUUACACGUAAGAAGAAAGAAGAAUCUGGAUGCUAAGGACCACACAUCAACUUGCAAAUUGCACUACGAACUAGAACAAAUAAAUGCCACGUGAAAUCCUACAAGACAGCUACGUAGCGGAGUACUGGUGAUGUGGUCCAUUAGUGCGAGAUCGUAAUCGGACGGUUAUAAAAGGAUAUCGUGGAGGGUUAAAGAAAGAAGAAGAACCGUCGGAUUAUGGUGCUAAAUAUAGCCGGACAUGGUCCACAUCAAGACAUAAUGGGAAGUGGACCUCAUUGCCAAAAAUAGAAAGAUGGGGUUAUAUUCAAAUAAGUUGCGUCUUGGGUUUAUUGAGUGGGGCUUUUUUAAGUUAUGGGGACCAGCCUCUUUAUUUUCACCAUCUGGCUGCAAUAUAUGGUAAGUUACUGUAGUCUUAGACAUCAUAGUCGUUAUGCAUCAAAUAUAAAGGUCUCAGCUUCCAAGGAAAAUGGUUUACACUUAUGUAAACUUUAUUCUGUUUUAAAAAUAUUUUAUUACUAACAAAAUUUUAUAUACAGAUGCAUCAAGAUUUUUCUUUUAAUACUGUUGUGCAUGAUACUUACAUAAAGUUUAAGAAACACGAACCACUAAACAUAAAACAUGUUGGCAUUAAUGUAGGGAUUUAAGAUUUAUGGAAGAUAGAUUUUUUAAUCCUUGCGAAACAUCAUAACCUUUAUAAUUGUGUUUGAAUUAUACGAGGAUAAGGUCAUAUGGACUCAUGUUUGAAUGCAAGACAUGGCAGGUAUAAGCAGAGAAAUGAGAAAUAAAAAUAUUUUAAGUCUAUUAACUAAAGAUUUUCCAGUUUGAUAUUUUACAAGAUCUGGUCUUUGGCUAAAACUAGUAAAUCAAUGGUUAAAAAAAUGAAAAUAUUUUAAGUCUGUUAACUAAAUAUUUAUGUUUCUUAGCUUUGAUAUUUGAUUAUAUGUCAAUGGCUUACAGGUAAUGAGACUUUGGACUUCUCCGUUUUAGCUUCAAGUCAAUCAUCUCCUUCAGAUUUUUCAAUGUGGUAGCUACGGAUGCGUAUAAUGAUUUUGAAGAUGCAGAUACUAUUACUUUGUUGGGGCACUGGGCUUUAGUUUCUGUUUAUAUUUGGGCCACUUAUUGGUGGGGGUUCCCUUUGUAUUUAUUAAUUUGUGCGCGAAUGGACCUAUACAACUGUUCAAAAUGUUAAGUUAACCGGACUGAGAAACCAACCAAACCGAAGGUAACCAAGGAUGAUCUCCACCAGUUUCUGAUUUGUUUAGAUAAUUUUUUUUUUUUUCGGAUUUCUGUUUGAUAAAUAAGGAGAGGAUGAUAAAUCUUUGUUUUCUAAUAGCGAGAAUGAUAUUGCUGAUAAUGCAAGAAUUAUAAUCGACUACGCUAUAAUUAAUUUGUUCAUUAAAACUGACAAUACCUCUUUUUUUUUGUUCUUGAUGGCAUCAUAUAAUAAAAUCUCUUAAUUAUACUACUAAACAAUAUCACUAGCUAAUUAAAAAAAUUAAAUAACCCUAGUAGGUUUAUCCCUUAUAUACUAAAACACAAGUCACUUGAUCAAUCAAAAUUUGACAAUUGUCAUUUCUUUACAAAACUUAAAAAUUAAAAUCGUAUCACGUUCAUUUUAAAUAAUUUGGUGAAAACUGUAUAUAAUAGCAUUUUUCUGUAACCUGAAGUAUGAAUCGAAUCCAAACAAAAAAUCUGAUUUGUACCUAGUCUUAAAUGUAAGAAUGAGUUUCGUAGGAAGGAAAAAACAUAUUCGAACUUGAAAUGUUAUUAGCCAAACCCGAAGAAGUGCACCAAAGAAGUGACCACUGUGAGGAUAAUUAUCGAGCCUAUUUUCUUAAAAGUAUAGAUAGAUAUAUUAAAAUUUACAAGAAUAUAAUUUAAUGAAGAUAAGAUAAUUCAUUUACAUAACCGGCCCGUAUUAAUUUUAUUUACACUUUAAAGCUUAAAUUAUGGUAUAAAUUUAUAUUUAAUUUUAUAUUAAUUAGUAUAAAUUUAUUUUGAUUAUUAUAUAAAUUAAAUAUAUGUCAUUCAACCCGUCUCAUACUUGAUAAAUAUAUUGAAUUAUUUUUGAUAUUCUAAUUUAAAUAUGGAUAUUAAAAUAAGAAAUUAUUUAUUAGUUUAUAUAUAUUACUUUAAUAUUGUGUUUUAAAAUAUGUUAUAAAAAUUCAUGAAUAUAUGUUAUUCUUUAAUUGUGUAAUUUAUAAAAUAGUUAAUAAAUUGGUUAAACUACUUUAUAUUUUAUAAAUUGUUGUAGUAAUUUAAUUAUGAAUAUAAAUUAAGUAUAUAUAAAUAUUAUAGGAAUGUUAUUUCUUAUUCUAUAAAUAAAAAAUAAAUUAAUCAAUACUAUUAAAAGGGAAGGAGUCUUAAAAAUCUACAUAUGAAAGUUGUUUGGACCCUUUCAAUUAUUUCAUUAUUUUUGGGUCUUACUUUAAAUUUAGACUAACAAUAUAUUACCAUAUAUUUCUCUAACAAUAAUUUAUUCAAUUUUUUUAUUUAUUCAAAUCUCACCUAAAUCCUAAUCACUACUAUACCUAUAUUUACCAUUUUGAUUUUUAAUCGUAAAAGCAUUGAAACUAAUGUUUUAUAGUAUCACUUUUAUCCCUUGUUCUAAAACGUGGCCGGCUUGGCGAGUACGCGUCCGACUAUAUGGUGAUCGGAGACUCACCGCUGCGAAGAGGGGCAAAUCGGAGGCUUGAGGCGGUGCGACGAGUUUCUUCCGCUUUUACCGUAGAAUAGGAAAAAGCACCGAGUAAUAGCUCCGAACCAAGUCAACCCAAUCUCAAAAAUCUAGCAUAUCAGAUCUUAAUCUCACAUCCGAACUAGCUAAGACCACCUUAAUACCGAAUUAAGGUGUUCACACAGCGUUUGGGCAAUAGAGAGAGGAUAGGUCAAAGAAAUUUACAGAUGCGUAGAAACUGUAAUAAAUAUUUGAGGAAGAAGAAGACUUAUUUACAAGUCUACCAUUCAUUAAAGACAAAACAAAAUAUAAAGAGCAAAAAUAAACGUAACACAAAUCAAAGUCGGGAUGAAUUGAAACAAAAUCUCCUUACUGUCCAUUAAGCCACGUUUACAUAUUAGUUGUCUAACCAAAUUUAAACUGAUUAAUUAUAUAAUUAUACAUUUAUAUCGAAAUGCACCUAUAAAAAACUUAAAAACUAGGCUCCGCGUAUACCCCGCUUAAUCCCCGAUUUUUUAAUAACUCGCUAGGCCCGGAGUUACCGCCCGACUAACGCCUAGCGUAGUUUCGAACAGAGCUUUUAUCAUAUAAUAUAUGAUUUAAAGCAAGAGAAGUUACAUAUACAUUCUAACUUCCUCUUUCUUUUGUAAUAAAGUAAUCAUAUCAUAUAUAAAUUUUCCUACUAAAAUCUCAUAUCAUAUACUAAACUUUCAACCGUCUAUAGUUUGAUAGAUAUUUUCAUAUUUAAAAAUGAGUCUUCUGAAUAUUCAUGUCACCUUCACAAAAAUGUAGAAAUUCAUUGGUUCUGUUAAAGUUAACCCGACUUCACAAUAUGAGUAUUGAUUAUUCACGAUUUUGAAAAUUUUUGGUUUAGAUAUUAUACUUUUAUAUACUUUUCACCUAAAACGAAUUAAUACUAUUAAAAGAAAAAUAGUCUAAAAAAACCUAAUAUAAAAAAAUUGUUGGAGUCAUGUAUAACUAUUUUUUUUUGGUAAUACCAUUAAUCAUUCUAACCAUACAAUAUUUUUAUUAUUUUUAAUACAUCCUAAUAUUAUUUCUUAUGAUAACUUUACUCAGAAAAACAUUUCAUCAACCAUGUUUUUGUACAAUAACGUUAAAAAUCUAUAUCAAAAGGUUGUUGGACCUGAUAUAGACGUAAUGAGUCCACAUAUGUUCGAGUAUUUAGAAUCCUAAAAAAAAUCAAAAUAUCUAAAAAAUCUGAAAAAUAUUUGAAACUCCAAAAAAAAUACCCAAAAAAUUCAAAUACCUAAAAAUUCAAAAUCUGACACGAUGAACUGAAAAGUACCCAAUUUUUUUUAAUUUGAAAAUUUACCUGAAAUCAAAAACUAUAAUCGUAAACCAAAAACUUAAAAUAUUUAAAAUAUCCAAUUUUUUUACAUACAUUCAGAUAUCAAACAUGUUCGGAAAAAUGUAUACAACUUUUAUACAAUGUUGUAAUUUUAUGUGCCAAUGUGUUAUCUAUGUUUAGAAAAUAUGUGAGUAAGAUAAUAAUUUAUUUUGAUAUGUUGAUAAUCAUUACGGUUUUAUGUCGAAAGCUUGGAAUGUAAAAUUAACUAAACCGUGCAAAGCACGGGAGGUAACUAGUUUAUAAAUAAAACCGGGUCAAGAAUUAUUAAUUUGUUUGUGAUCACAGUUAGACCGGAAAUUACGCUAUCGUUUGAGUUUGCCACACACGACAAAGCAAACAUUAUAGUCUCUCUCUCUGCCUUACUUGGUCGUCGUCGCUAUUACUAUCAGCGCCUGUGUUCCGCCGGGUACCUUCCCGUGAUUUCUCUUCUAACAAAUCUGUAUUCGAUAAUCUCACACACACAGUCACACCGCUUCCUUUGUGUUUUUCAUCUCAGUCCUCCUUCCCCCAUAUAAGCUGGUUCGGUAGCUCUAGGGCAUGGCUAUGGCUCUUCCGCUCGGGAAACUAACCGUCCUCAUCGGUGCAGGGCUUGUUGGGUCUGUGCUUGCUAAAGACGGGAGCUUACCACUUGUCUCGAGCCUUGUCUCUGGUGCUUUUAAGAUUGUAUUUAAGCAGCUGAAACAAGAGGAACCUAGCAAGUCCCGGAAUGAUACGGCACUUGUAGCUCAGGUUAACAGUCUUCGGCAUGAACUGCAGUUGCUUGCUUCAAACAGAGCUAUCACUAUUGUUACCACAGAAGGAUCAGGCAGAAAGUAUGGUGUCAUCAUUAUCAUUGGAGUGAUAGGCUAUGGAUAUGUGUGGUGGAAGGGAUGGAAGCUUCCAGAUUUUGUGUUUGCGACAAGGCGCAGCUUAUCAGAUGCUUGUGAUAGUGUUGGCAACCAGAUCGAUGGUUUUUACUCAUCUCUCUCGGAUACAAAACGGGAGCUAGGUUCAGAAGUUGACAGAAUGGAUUGUACUUUGGAUGCAAGUUCAGUUAUUAUUAAAGAAACAGGAAGACAAGUGACUGAACUACGGGAUGGAACAGCAAAUAUGAAGGAUGAAGUUAGGUCUGUUUUCGAGGCUGUUGAAACUCUGGCCAGCAAAGUCUGUCGCAUUGAGGGAAAUCAGGAUCUCACGCUUAAAGGAGUUGGAGCUCUGCAUGCUCAGUGUCUCGAGCACAAAAUAAUUCAGGAGUCCAAUCAGCCUUUGAUAUCAACUUCAUCAUUGCCAGCUAUUGAGGCAGCUCCUCUCACACAUUCCUCCAGUGAGACUCUAUUAUUGCCUCCUCCUGCUUCACCUUGUGAAUCCCAAUUAUCACCUUCAACCCCUAAUGGAGCUCAACAGUCACAUGGUCCGCUUCAGCGCACACAAUCUAUUUCUGGUUUGAAGGACAUAAGUGAAAGCAGCACAGGAAAUGGUAUAUCGGGCUCGAGUUCGGGGCAGCUUGGUAGGUUCUCAGUGCCUAGAAUAGUGAGGACUAUUAGUGAAGUCAACACAGUGCCUACUAACUGAAGCGAAGAGUUCAUUCCAAUACUAGGCUUAACAGAGAAGUUGACAAGUGUAUUUAGUAGAUGAUUUUAGUAGAUUUUGCUGUGUUUGCAAGUGCAUCGAGACAAUGCUAUAGAUGGUGCAUAACUUUUGUAGGGAUAGAGCUUAUUUUUCAAAUUGCUUUAUAUGUUACAGUUAUGGAUUCGUUGCUUUCUU